GUGUGUGUGACAGACAGUGGGUGUGUGUGUGUGUUUGACAGUGGGUGUGUGUAAGAAGAUCACCUCCCAGCUGAUCGGAGCGAUGGGGAAACAGGAAGACGUCUCCGUUCAGUUAGAGGCUCUGGACAUCCUGUCAGACAUGUUGGGAAGGCUGAGCGGUGCUCUGGUCAGUUUCCACAGCGCUCUGCUCUCCAGUCUGCUCCCUCAGCUGACCAGCUCCAGGAUGGCGGUGAGGAAGCGCUCCAUCUUGGCUCUGGGUCACCUGGUUCCCUGCUGUAGCCCCGCCCUCUUCUCCCAGCUGACUGAACACCUGACCAAUGAGCUCGCAAAGGCCCCGCCCGUUUCCAUGGCGAGGACGUACAUCCAGUGCCUAGCAACCGUCAGUCGUCAGGGCGGCCAUCGAGUCGUUAAUCCCGAUGGUGUUGAAGUUCACGGACGUGGAGGACGACGAGCUGAGAGACUGUCCAAAGGAGAUGUUGCCACGGUGACAAAGCUUUGCCUUAAGUUCAUGACCUUUGACCCGAACUACAACUAUGACGAUGAAGAGGAGGAGGAAGACAGCAUGGACGUGGAGGAAGGGCUGGAGGAAGAGUCAGACGAUGAGUACAGUGACGAUGACGAUAUGAGCUGGAAGGUGCGUCGCUCCUCCAUCAAGUGUCUGGAGUCUCUGAUCGCGACGCGGCGGGACCUCCUGCUGAGCUUCUUCUCCUCCGUCUGCCCCGCCCUGCUGGCCCGCUUCAAGGAGCGCGAGGAGAACGUGAGGGCGGACGUGUUCAGCGCCUUCUCCUCGCUGCUCAGACAGACCCGAGGGGGAACCAGCCUGCAGGGAAACAUGAGGCCCGGGGGGGAGGAGCCGGCCCUCACACUGCUGAAGACACAGCUGUCCAAAGGAGAUGUUGCCACGGUGACAAAGCUUUGCCUUAAGUUCAUGACCUUUGACCCGAACUACAACUAUGACGAUGAAGAGGAGGAGGAAGACAGCAUGGACGUGGAGGAAGGGCUGGAGGAAGAGUCAGACGAUGAGUACAGUGACGAUGACGAUAUGAGCUGGAAGGUGCGUCGCUCCUCCAUCAAGUGUCUGGAGUCUCUGAUCGCGACGCGGCGGGACCUCCUGCUGAGCUUCUUCUCCUCCGUCUGCCCCGCCCUGCUGGCCCGCUUCAAGGAGCGCGAGGAGAACGUGAGGGCGGACGUGUUCAGCGCCUUCUCCUCGCUGCUCAGACAGACCCGAGGGGGAACCAGCCUGCAGGGAAACAUGAGGCCCGGGGGGGAGGAGCCGGCCCUCACACUGCUGAAGACACAGCUGUCCAAAGGAGAUGUUGCCACGGUGACAAAGCUUUGCCUUAAGUUCAUGACCUUUGACCCGAACUACAACUAUGACGGUGAAGAGGAGGAGGAAGACAGCAUGGACGUGGAGGAAGGGCUGGAGGAAGAUCGACCUGUCCUCCAUCCUGCCGGAGACGCUCUCAGUUUUGGGAUCUUUCCUCCGAAAGAACGAGCGAGUUCUGAAGCUCGGGACGCUGGCCUGUCUCACCUCGAUCAUCACGCAUCAGGCUGCAAACAUCAAACCUGCCGCGCUGGAACCGGUCCUGAGCGAGCUGCCGGGUCUGGUGGAUGAGAGUGACAUGCACGUAUCACAGAUGUAAUCCCGGCGGCUCCAAAAGGACCUGGGAACAGACCAAAAUAAAAUACAAGAACAUCCUUCAAUCUGAUGAUGGGAAGAACGUGGUGUUGCUGCCCCCCC